CUGCUCCGCACACGUUCAACACCGUUCUCACCGCCAUCAAUCGACGGCAAAAUUAGGUUCAUCGGCGAAUCGUCUGAAUUAUUAUCGACGACUUCAGUCAUCCUGUCGCCGUGGCCUCGAGUUGGAAUCGGACGCAGUUCACAAACGACUUAA